AUGAUUACAGAAGGUUGUUACCCAAGUCCUAAAAUAUUUAAUUCUCUUGUUCAUGCCUAUUGCAAGUUUGGUGACUAUUCACAUGCCUAUAAGUUGCUGAAGAAAAUGGCAGAUUGUGGUUACCAACCUGGUUAUGUUGUUUAUAAUAUACUGAUUGGAAGUAUCUGUGGCAAUGAGGAAUCGCCAAGUCCAGGCGUGUUAGAAUUGGCAGAAAAAGCUUAUAGUGAUAUGCUUGAUGUAGGAAUAGUAUUGAACAAAGUCAAUGUCAGCAAUUUCGCGCGAUGCCUUUGCGGGGUUGGAAAUGCAAAUGUGCCAGAGGCCUCUACUAUCCCUGAAAAUGACUUAGAUGAGACUCAAGGAGACGUUGGAACCCACUUGAGUAUUGCUAGUAGCUAUCCCAAUGGUGGUAGUGGUUUUUUUGAAUUCCAGAUAUGCGUGUUGUUGAUUUAUGUAUUUUUUGUAUUAGCAUUGCAAGGUACUCGGUCGAAUUGA